AUGUCGUCAAAGAAAGAUAUGCGCAGGGCUGAUCUGGCGAUCCCCUAUGUCGAUCCGCCCAAGAGCAGCAGCGAUGCCGAUAUCUCCAGCACAAUGUCGAGCACUAUGCCCAUGGCGGCCAUGUUUACUCGGAACCGCAUGAUUGGAUGGGUAUCCUUCGUCUUCUCACUUCAGUCCUGGUUGGGUGAAUCCCCAGAACAGAAGAAGACUGCUUCUACACCGGCCUACAUGUCGGUUCUCAUGUCCUUGAUGGCAUUGGUUGUCACCUACUUCCCUCUCUUCUUGCCUCCGCAAGCUCCUGGGGGUACCACCGGCGCCGCCGCACCGACCCCGCUGGCCUCUUGA